UUCCCCAAGGACCCUGUAUGUGGGUGUAUAAAAGCCAGUCAAGUGAGGGGCGGUACAGCCUCUCAGCUUCAGCGAUCUGUUCGUUGGCUGUGAACACAGAUCCCGGAGAUGAAGGCUCUGUUCCUGACCACCGGCUUCUGCCUGCUUGCUGCCCUGCGGGCUCAGAACUCCUCAUCCCUUGCUUUGAAUAACAGGCAAUUUUCUGGGAAGUGGUUCAUGAAGGCCUUGGUGACGAAGGACAAGCUUCCAAUAAAGAAGGUCUCGCCCAUAUUUGUGCUGGUGCUGGACAACGGUGACUUGGAGUUCUCUUUCGCACACACGAUGUAUGGCCAGUGUCUUGAAUUGACCACCGUCUUGGAGCAAACAGAUGUGCCUGGCCAUUACACUGCCUUUGAGGGGAAGAGCCAACUGGAGGUGCAGCUGUCUUCUGUGAAGGACCAUUGGCUGAUCUACUGUGAUGGGGAGAUGGAGGGCAUGCACUUCACAACCACCCAGCUCAUAGGGAGAAACCCCAAGAAAAACCUGGAGGCCUUGGAAGAGUUUAAGAAGUUCACACAGAAAAAGGGGCUUGUACCAGAGAACCUGGCCAUACUCGAGCAGAUGGACAAAUGUGAACCCAAGAGUGAAUAG